AUGGCGGCGCGGAGGAGCCCCCAGCCGGCGCGGGAGCGGCCGCGAGCCCCCGCCCCAGGAAAUGACCAAGUUCACUCCUGGACACUAGUCCCCAGCCAAGCCCUAGAGGCUGCGUGGAGGAUGGCCAGGGGGUCUGUGAUGCUGGCUGUUUCGUGUCUGCUGGCCACCCUCUGCUGCUUCCGAAGGCUGCAGGUACAUAUCGGGCACCGACUGAAAUGGUGGAUUGGAUAUCUACAGCGAAAAUUCAAAAGGAACCUCAGUGUGGAGGCAGAAGUGGAUUUACUAAGCUAUUGUGCCAGAGAAUGGAAAGGAGAUCUGCCCCGUGCCAAGCUGAUGAGGAAGGCCUACGAGGAGCUGUUCUGGCGGCGGCACAUCAAGUGCGUCCGGCCGGUCAGGAGAGACCACUACGACGCACUAAGGUGCGUGCUGUUCCAGAUCCUCAGCCAGGGCCUGGCCUACCCGUCCUGGAUGAAGGAGAAGGACAUCGUGAAGCUUCCUGAAAAGCUGCUCUUUUCACAAGGUUGUAACUGGAUCCAGCAGUACAGUUUUGGUCCUGAGAAAUACACAGGUUCAAAUGUGUUUGGAAAAUUGCGUAAAUGCGUGGAAUUACUAAAGGCACAGUGGACUGAAUUUAGUGGAAUUAAAGAUCAUCACAAGAGAGGAAGCAUGUGCAACAUCCUUUUUUCCGAUGCCAUUCUGGAAUAUAAACUUUACGAAGCUUUAAAGUUCAUCAUGCUUUAUCAAGUCACCGAGGUGUACGAACAGAUGAAGACCAACAAGCCCAUUCCUGGUCUUUUUCGACUCCUGUUUUCCCGGGAAACCUCGUCGGACCCACUGAGCUUCAUGAUGAAUCACCUGAACUGCAUCGGCGACACCCAUGGGCUGGAGCAGAUUGAUAUGUUUAUACUUGGAUACUCCCUUGAAGUAAAGAUAAAAGUGUUCAGAUUAUUCAAGUUUAACUCCAGAGACUUUGAAGUCUGCUACCCAGAGGAGCUGCUCAGGGAGUGGCCGGAGAUCUCCCUGCUGACCGAGAAUGACCGCCACUACCACGUUCCUGUCUUCUAAGUCGGGCUGGGCCAGGCGCUGGCUCUGGCCAUGGGCAUCUGUCACGCACACACCAGGCGUUUCUCAGACAGCAAAGCCAAUGUGGAGCCACAGGAGUUAGGACCUUCUUCUGGGGACCCCCGUGUGCUGAUGGAGGUGCCCAGGGCCUUCCUCUGGGGCUCAGCGCAUCCCUCCAAGGCAGCUGCACUGACACUUCGUGGGCUGGUGGCUUGACCUUGUUCAUCGGGGCCCUGGUCCCCCACAGCAGAACUUUAAGAGCACAAGGAAGAAACAACAGCAGGAAAAAAGCGAGAAGAAAACAAGUAAAGGACUAACCUGGGAAAGCAGAAUUAGUCUCUGAUGUUUACAUUCUUCAUUAAGAAUCUGUGUUUGACUGAUGUUGGCGCUUCAUAAACAUGGCCUUAAGCAUUACCUUUCUAGAAAUCUGUGUGGUGUUAAGUAGAGAAAAACCCCUUAAUGGACUUUAAAAUCAUGUGUGUGUGUAUUUGCAAAAAACUAUAGUAUGCACACAGAUAUACAUGUAGUUUUACAUGUACAUACACACAUGACCACUACUUUGUCAUGUUGUACGAUUUAUUUUAUAUCUAUUUUUUAUAACAGUUGGUCUGGUCAGUUUAAUAUGUUUUGUAUAGAUAAAAUGAUAACUUCUAUAAAUUAAGACAACUAGGUGGACAGUUAUUCAAGUGUCAUGUAGCAAACCCUGGUGUAUUGCGUGUGUAUUUAAUACGUGGAAUCUUAUUGUGGUAGGUAUUGAUUUCAAAUGAUACAAAACUAGUUGUAAAGUAGCAUUUUGCCCUUCCCCCAAAAGGCAUCUACAUCCUAAUCCCUGGAACCUGUGACUGUGUUGGGUUCAAAUGAGGAGGCAACAGAUGGAAUUAAGGGACUAGCCAGCUGACCUUAAAGUAACAAGAGGACUUGGGGUUCUCCAGGUGGGCCCCAUAUAAUCAAAAGGGUCUUUCAAAGUGGGAGGGGGAUGGGAAGCGUGUCAGAGCCUGGGGAAAUGUGAAGUGCAGGACAGUCAGAGGUGCCAGCUUGGUAGAUUUGAAGAUGGAGGAAGGGCCCAGGAGCGUGUGGGCAGCCUCUGGAAUCGAAAAGAGACCAGGAGUUGGAUUCUCCUCUAGAACCUCCAGAAAAGAACAUGGCCCUGCCGAUGCCUGGAUUUUAGCUCCAUGGAGCUCAAACCUCCAGAACUGUAAGGUAGCACCUUUGUGUUAAGCGGCUGACUUUGUGCUAACGGUUAAUAGCAGCAACAGACAACUAAUGUCAGGCUAACUAAUUUUUGGCCAUCUUUAUUUUGGAAAUGCUUUUCUAGGUUAUUUUGGUGAUCUGUUUUUUUUUUGGAGGGGGGGCCCCGCUGUACUUCGUAUUGAAUUUCUAUCAAUACGACAUAACUUCUUCAAUCUUGUCAUGACAUUUGGCUUGGUCACAGUUCCCUCUAAGAGGGCCUGACUCGGUGAAUGCUAAAGGUUGGUGCCUAACUUUCCCACAUCAUCGCGUUACUUCUUCUAUAAAUAAAAAAAGUAUGUUUCAUGUGGUGUGUGGAAGUAACACUUCAGACUUUCAUAGGAGGGAGAAGCGCCUAUCAGCACUACUUACACUGGUUGGCCACAGUGUCUUGCCUUUUACCCCCACGCUCCUGCAGCGUUAGCAGCGUUAGCGUUAGCUCCUGCAGCAUUAGCAGCAGAAUUAUCUCCACAUCAAUCCAGGAUCAGAAGGAGAACCCUUUUCAUAGGGACGGGCAGCCUGGCACUCCGUGACAGCCCACCAUUGCGUCGAGGCUGGUGGGCAGGGCAUGAAUUCUUUCAAUAGAGAGGCAAGGCAGAAUUGUGAAAAAGGACAUUUCAAUACAAUGCAAGCAGGAAGUAGAGAAGACAUCAGAAUCAUCGCUAUGUUUUAGGAAAGCACCAAAACAGAAGAUGUUUAAGGAAGGAGGAAGAGUUGAAUGGUAUCGGUUUGGUUUUUAAAAAUUCAAAGACUAUAACUAAUUAGCCAGAAUGAAUGGCGUACAAAGUAGCACCCCUGUUUUGGAUUGGCUUUUCAAUGUUUUAUUUUUAUUGAGGUAACAUGGUUUACACCACUUGGUGUGCUUCAGAGAUAGGGGGUCACCGCUUAUCAUUGCUAAGUAUUGUUUCAUUACCUGAGUGUUGGUACAGGUAGGUACGCAUCUCCAAACCCACUCCGUUUCCUUUUUUGUCACAAUGUCUGUUUCAGAGUCAGACAGAGUUAGGUGGGUCCAUGCGGCACCAUCACUUGUAUGUUAUUUGUUCAAAAUAAUUGAGUCUCCCUGAAUUCCCUUAUGUUUUAAUGCGGUCAUACUCCUGUAGGCCAAGAAAAUAAGCGUUUGUCUGGAUUACACUUCUGCUGAACAGCAACAUGGUUUAUAAGUGAUGGAAAAAAACACUCACAUAUUUAACAACCCCAGGGCCCAAGUGGUCUGGGGAUGAGUCAGAAGUGGGUGCAGGCUUCUGCCCGCGAAGGUCAUAGAAUGCACUUGAGCAAACAGGAACUCUGCUGGAGCCAGUGUGGAUGAGGGGAUCUUACUAGUACAUUCUUAGCUGGUGUCUCUGGAAAAAAAGACCAUUCUGCUCAGACACCACAUUUCCAUAUAAAAUUGAUCUCUUGGUACUUAAGAGUCAAAUAUGGCCAAUUUUAAAUUAUGUGGGUAAUUUUACUGCCACAAUCAUGAUGCUUAUUGGUAACGAUUUUUGGAAAGUGUAGUCGAGAAUUUCCCACAAUAGAAAAAAAAAAGCUCUAAAUAUUUUAGAUUCAGUCUGAUGAGCUGUAAAUCCAUUUCAGUUCAAGUACUUUAUGUAAAACAGCAGUGUGUUCUAAGAACAUUCCUCAAGUACAGAAGUAUUUUUUCCAUUGAAAUAGCCUCCUUAUAAGCAAGUACAUCUGCUUGUUCCCGCGAAAAGCAUGAACCCGAGCAUCUAGAUGGGACUCCAGAGGGCUUGGAGGUUAAAGCUACAGACCAACACUGCAUUUUGCAAUUUUGCUUUGCUUCCCUGCAAGUUUGAAAAGGUGGACUGAGGGUGAACCCACUAAUGGAACGCUGGUUUAUGGGCAGUGUAGACCACCCGCCCCCCCCUCCCAUCUAAACACACCAACACAUUCAUAAGGACAAACACAAAAGCCUGACAUUCUCCUGGACUCCUUUGUUAUCACUGUCAUCUCCAGAGACAAAAUCUAAGCAAGAACUGGGGGCCUGCCCAGCACCUGUCCAGGCUCUGCCCUGUCCGCUGCUCCACCUGAGAGCUUUGUGUAAAGGACCCCAGGACUUGGUGAAGAGAAGCAGCUGCUGCAAAAAACCUGAAGAGCCUUUUGAAUGUUCUGGACGUUUCUGUGAUUCUGAGUAGACAACACUUAGGGCUUCCUUAAUUGAAAAAGGAGCAGAGAUAAGGUGAUGUGUGAAAAGGCUGUUUGAUAUAAAAUAUUGUCACUGUAGGUAAAUAGGAACUCUCACUGUUAUUAGUUACUUUCGCUAUAAUUAAACACGCUGGAUGGAUGAAAAGAUUAAAGGAAAAAUCCACCA